UAACGCCUUGGUACCACCUACUCAACCACCGCACCCAUCAUGCUUGUUCUCCGCGGCGUCCGCGCCGCUCCCCGCUCCUCUGUCCCGCGCCUUGCUCGCAGCCUCCUCGCACCUGGAUACGACCGCUACGUCGAGUUGCCGAGCCACCGCGGCGAGACGUUCGAUGCCGUCAUCGUCGGCGCGGGAUUCGCCAUGUUCGGCAGUCCGGAGGGUCCGUGGAACAUGUCGCGCCGCGCCGAACUCAAGCUUGGUCCGCGCCUCAAAGUCCACGCUGUGAUCGACCCCGACGCCGAGCGCGCCAAGCGGGCCCUCGCGGAGAAGUGCAGCACCUUCGCCGCCAGCACGUAUGAGAGCACCGUCGUUCUCCCCUCCCUCGCUGCGUACGCCGAUAAGGUGCGCGCGGGCACGGCGCCGUCUCCCAAGGCCAUCUUCGUAGCGUGCCCGCCGCAGUUCCGCGGCGGCGUGGCGAAGAGCAACGACCUCGAGCUCGAGAUCAACAAGUAUUUCCCCGACACCAACUUCUUCGUCGAGAAGCCCGUGGCCACCGGCAUUCCAUGGCAGACGAGCGUCGACGGCGCGAAGGAAGUGGGCCGCGUGCUGUCCGCGAAGGCGCACGGCGUCGUCUCCGUCGGCUACUGCCUGCGCUACUUGACCGCGGUGCAGAAGAUGAAGCAGCUGAUCGCGGAGCAGGGGCUGCACGUCAUGGCGACGAUGGGGCGGUACAUCAUGACAUACGAGCUCGCGGUCAAGCAGGAGUGGUGGCGCAACUCGGGGUGCCAGGGCCCGAUCAUCGAGAACGGCACGCACAUCGCCGACCUCAGCCGCUACUUUGGCGGCGACGUCGACCUGGCUUCUCUCAGCACGUAUCAUGUCGAGGCGGACGAGCGGCCCGGCCAGCUGUCCAAGACCAACUUUGACGACGCGGCCAUCCCGCUCGAAGACAAGAUUCCGCGCGUCACCAGCACGAAUUGGAAGUACAAGAGCGGCGCGGUGGGCAGCAUCCUCCACGGCACGAUGUUGCAGGAUGGCGACUAUGCUAUCGAGCUCGCCGUGUACGCGGACGGGUACCAGCUCAUCUUGCAGGACCCGUACGGCGUGCCCUCGCUCAGCGUGCGCGCACCGGGACAGCCUAACCCCGAGGUCAUCCCCACGCCGGGCGACGACCCCUACACGACUGAGAUUAGCAACUUUAUCGAUGCGAUUGAAGGAGGACCUAACCCCGAAAUCCUUUCCACAUUCGAGGACGCGGCCAAGACAUACGAGUUUACGUGGGCGAUCCGGAACGCCGGCGAGGCCGUGACACGUAAGCGCCGCUCCCGAGCGGUUGGGUAGGCCGGAUAGGCGAGCGACCAGGAUUGUCACGCUGGAGAAAUGGACAAGGGUAAAGAAUCAGCGGGCUUGCAUGUGGAAGAUCAGAAGGACAGAAGGGGCGAAAGUGCGAAAUGCAUGUGGUGGAACUAUUG